UGGGCUAAUAGUAUUAUUACCCAUGGCUGCUCUUCAAUCUCUUCUAGUGUGUGUUAUAUUUGCUUUUGCUGCCAUUCUGAUCCCUACAAGUACAUCUGCACAAUUAAGUGCUGAUUUUUACCAGAAAGUAUGCCCUCGGGCAUUGCCUGUCAUAAGAUCAGUUGUCAAGCGGGCUAUUAUUCGCGAACCACGCAUGGGAGCAUCACUACUUCGCCUUCACUUCCAUGAUUGCUUUGUUAACGGUUGUGAUGGAUCAAAUCUGCUAGAUGACACAGCAAACUUCACUGGUGAGAAGACAGCGCGUCCAAAUUUGAAUUCACUUAGGGGUUUUGAUGUUGUCGACGAAAUCAAAGCAGCAGUUGACAAACAUUGCAAUGCCAGUUUGGUUUCAUGUGCAGAUAUCUUAGCUUUGGCAGCUCGUGAUUCUGUUGAAAUUUUGGGAGGUCGUUUCUUUCGCUACAAAGUAUUAUUAGGCAGAAGAGACGCAAGAAAUGCAAGCAGGAACGACGCAAAUACCAAUCUUCCACCCCCAUUUUUCAGCUUCUCUCAGCUUAUCUCUAACUUUCAAGCUCAUGGGCUAGACUUGAAAGACCUUGUUGUCCUCUCAGGGGGCCACAGCAUAGGACUUGCUAGGUGCACCACUUUCCGUGCUAGGAUUUACAAUGAUACCAACAUUGACAAAAGCUUUGCAGGCUCCAUGCAACAAGGGUGCCCUGUAAAUGGAGGAGAUAACAACACAGAGCCACUGGAUGCAACUACAACGAAAUUUGAUACAGUGUACUACAAGGCUUUGCUGAAAAAUAAGGGCCUCCUUCAUUCUGAUCAGGAGCUCUUCAAGAAUAACGGUAGUGACAGUGAUAAGCUAGUGCAGUACUACAGUAACCACCCUCGCGGCUUUGCUAAAGACUUUGGUGUUUCCAUGAUCAAGAUGGGUAAUAUGAAACCUCUCACUGGCAAUUUAGGAGAGAUCAGGUUGAACUGCAGAAGAGUCAACUAA